GAGCUCUCAAAGUUUCCAUCAUCUAAUACAUCAAUCAAGCCAACGUCUAGAAUUUCCAGUUACUCCAAACUAUCAAGUCAAAAUGGCGGAGGCAAUAGAUAAUCCAGAUGUCCCUUCAAACAAGAAGGCUUUCAUUCCCUUAGAGAAUAACCCCGAAGUAAUGUCCUCUCUCCUCCAUAAACUCGGUCUCUCCACCACUCUUUCUUUCCACGACGUGUUUUCCAUCGAAGAUCCCUCUCUCCUCUCCUUUAUCCCUCGUCCCGCACUCGCCCUCUUGCUCGUUUUCCCCGUCUCAAAAAGUUACGAGGCAUUUCGCUUUACAGAGGAUAAAGAGCGCGAAGAUUAUAAAGGAAAGGGGGAGAGUGAACCAGUCAUUUGGUAUAAACAGACUAUCAGGAAUGCGUGUGGAUUGAUCGGCCUUUUGCACGCUGUAAGCAAUGGUGCUGCGAGGGGUUUUGUUGAACAAGACUCUCCUCUCGACAAACUAAUCAAAGAUGCAAUUCCUCUCGCCGCAAUCGAUCGCGCAGAUCUCCUCUACAAUUCCCAAGCUCUCGAAUCUGCCCAUCAAAGUGCCGCCACACAAGGCCAAUCCUCCACGCCCAAUGCCGAAGAUGACAUCGAUUUACACUACGUAUGUUUCGUCAAGGACGAGAAUAACAACCUUUGGGAAAUGGAUGGAAGGAGAAGAGGCCCACUUGAGUUGGGAUCAUUGGGAGAAGAUGAAGACGUUUUGAGUGAAAAGGCGUUGGAUUGGGGUGUAAGGAAGUUUUUAAAGAGAGAAGAGGCAAAUGGCGCGGAAUUGAGGUUCAGUUUGAUUGCGUUAGCACCAAGUCUUGACUAAGAUGGGCUGGUUACGAUUAUGAUUAUCAUGAACUAUUUUGAAGGGACCGGAAGAAAACAUCGGCGUUGCAUUACAUCAAAUGAGCAGUCACAGAACAGCUGCAUCCGGGUGUCAAAACCUUACGUCCAUUUUGACAGAGACCUAAAAGGAUUAAUUUUAGAUACCAUGAUAUAUCUAGAUUUUUAAUGCGAUAGCUUUAUCCUUGGACUAAAUUCCCUCA